AUGACGCCGGAGGCAGAGCAACGUAUCGCAGCGAAGCGCCAAGCGCUUGCGGAGGCUAUCCCGAAAGAAUGGCGCCUUGCAGACGUACCUACGCCUGAGUCGAUGCCGAAUGUGAUUGAUUUUUGUGCGUCGCAGCUCUCUGCGGAAGAGCGACGUAUUACGGAUAUGCCGUUCGAGACGCUGUGCACGCAUCUGCAGUCAGGCACACUGACGUCGCGCGCUGUCGUCACGGCGUUUGCGCACCGAGCGGCCGUUGCACAGCAGUUGACCAGCUGCCUGACUGAAUUCCUGCUGCCCUCGGCGCUAGCGCGAGCCGAUGAGCUGGAUGCACACCUGGCGAAGACCGGCACACCUGUCGGCCCGCUGCAUGGCCUGCCCGUGUCGCUGAAAGACCUGUUCUACGUCGAGGGCGGUGAUACGACUGUGGGCUUUGUAGCGUGGCUCGGUGAGAAGGCUACGCGCGAAGACGAGGCAGGCGUGGUGGCGAUGCUACGGAAAGCGGGUGCCGUGUUCUACGUCAAGACGAAUGUGCCGACCAGCAUGAUGUGUGCCGAGUCGAUCAACAACAUUUUUGGGUGGACGCGCAACGCGCACAACCGCCUCUGCUCUGCGGCGGGGUCGUCCGGCGGUGAAGGCACGCUGUUAUCGCUGCGUGGCGCGCCGCUGGGUGUGGGCUCGGACAUUGGCGGCUCCAUUCGCUUGCCGGCGAGUGUCGCGGGUGUGUGGGGUCUCAAGGUGACGCCCGGCCGGUUCUCCACGGACGGUGUGCGUCGGAUUUUGCCAGGCCAAGUGCUGGUCCCUGCCGUGGUGGGCCCCAUGGCCAACUCGCUAGGCGCGCUGCAGGUGUUUACGCAGCUCGCGCUGGCGGACCAGCCAUGGCUCAGGGAUCCUUCCGUAGUUGAGCUGCCGUGGCGGCCUGUGACGCUCGCUCCCAAACUGGUGCUGGGUCUGCUGGUCAGCGACGGAGUCGUGCAUCCGCAGCCGCCGAUUGAAAAGGCGCUGCGUGAGGUUGCAGAGGCGAUGCGGGAUGCCGGGCAUGAAGUGAUUGAGUUUACGCCCCCGGAUCACGGCCAAGCGCUGGCACUGUGGCUGGGCAUUAUGUGCCAGACGGGGGGCGAGCAGAUCCACGACUUGAUUGAGGAAGGAGGCGAGACGCUCAUUGACGAGGUGGCGGAGAUGAUUGGCGCAGCGAAGGGCGAGCGUCCGGCGAUUACGAUUGCCGAGGCGUACGACCAGGCGGAGACGCUGCAUGAAUUCCGGGCCGAGUACGAACAGGCGUGGAACGAGACCGCGACGCAGAGCGAGUGUGGGCGCCCGAUGGACGGUCUUUUGAUGCCGAAUACGGGGGUUGUAUGCUGGAAACGCGGUGGGACCGUGUACCAUGGCUACACGCCAGUAGGCAAUGUCCUGCAUUACCCGUCGGUCUCGAUGCCGCUGGCGACCGCUGAGCCGCUUCCGAAACCGGCGCGCGACGACUUUUUGUCGAGUGUGGACGAAGAGGCGUACGAGGCGUACGACCCGUCGAUGGUGAAAGGCAUGCCGAUCGGCAUCCAGCUGAUGGGCCGCCGCUUCCAAGAAGAGAAAGUGCUGGCCAUGGCGCAGGUUGUCGAGGCGGCGGUGCGGCAGCGCCAGGCGCUGCAGAUGGCUGCGUCGCUGUAA